AUGGCAAGAUCUGGAACCACUUGUAAGGCCAGCAGAAGCAAAGUGGAUGGCCAGGUUUUGUGUUGGGUGUGUACCUAUAACUACAAAAUCAAUAAGUCCAAGGAGUCCGCUGAAGGCGCUACGUCUCGUCGAGGUAUUUCGGACGCAAUAUUUGGCAAAUCCUCCCACGACUUAAAUUCCAGUAUGGAUUCCGCAUACGAUGAGCACAUUCUAACUAUUGGCCAACUUCAGGACGACAUUAAAGCACUAAAACGUCAACUCCAACUGAAGGAUGCCGAACUGUUGAAGAAAAAUCAGACCAUUUCGGAUCUCAAGUCUGAGAUUCUCGAUAUGGAAACCAGCAGUCGCGAACGUUUACUGAAGUACCAGGAUUCUGCUGAGGAAGAAAUAAGCCGCCUCAAGGAGAAUAUCCGUACGCUGCAGCGUGAGAAACAGGAACUAAGUGCUCGACCAAAAAAGCGUAAAAUGGCCUAUCCUAAUGCCAGUUACACCCACUCCCCUCUGACUCUGAGUCCCCUGCGGAUGCCUCCGAGCCCUCCUCAAAAGCCGGCUAAAUUGCUUACCUCUGCCUCG